UUACCAUUACUGGUCCUUAAUGGCAUCCACUAUAACAUGCCACCAAUACUGUCGAAGACAACACAUUACCAAUACAGACCCACAGUGACCAUUAAAGCCAAUAUAAUACCCACUGUAACCAUUAAAACCAUUACAAAUUAUAUAAGGAUUUCUUUUUUUUUUUUUCUUUUUUUUCCCCAGCAGGGAAUACUGUUAACUUCAUUCAUCAUCUGGUAAACCGUCAUUUAUUUCUUCUUAGGCAAGUCUAUACUGACAUGCGCCGGUGUUAUAGACUAGACCCCCCCCUUCCUGUAUCCAUUCCUCCUUCGCUGUUUCCAUCUCUCUUUCUCUCCUCUCACGGUGGACGGAAGUGGAUGGGCGUCUGCUGCCAUUGAAAUAGGUUGUUGUUGUAUUCCUAAAUUAAUUCUGCACGCACUGAUACGUCUGGCAUCCCCGGCGGAAGGUUACACAAGGCGUGUCUCAGUGUACUGACACUGCAGGCUGUCAGAUGGUAGGAGUGACUGGAGUGCACAGCCAUGCGUGGACCAAGAGCUGUUCCUCUCCUCGUUGUUUUGCUGCUUGCAGCAGAAAUCGCAGGAGGCUUCUCAGGGGAUGAUGAGAGCUACCAGUCACAGCGGUAUGUUCGUUUGGCACCUGCCACUCCGCUGUAUCAACACAUGGCCUCCCUGAACCAGGAGCAACCACUGAAAUAUUACAGCCGUGCACGGUCCCUCACUCUCAUAGCCAAGCGAAUGCCCUCCGCGUUACUAGAGUCCCGUUUCCGGCAGGUGCCACAGGAUCGCUCAGAACUUAGCCUUCUUGCCAAGACAGACGAUGAGGUGCACAUGGAAAACACACUCAUAUCAGCCCGUCAUAUUGUCACCAUGGCUUUACAGGUGGAUGUUCGGCAGUUGAACGUAAGCCUCCUGCGGACAUUCCGUGAAGGCGUGGCUGCUGCCCUGGACAUUUCACCACGACAAGUACACAUCAACCGUCUGAAUGAGCAGAAAAAUGGCAUUGAGUUGUAUGUGUCGUCGGACAGAACGGGAGCGUCGGAGCCAGUGUCCUCAGAGGAAGUGAUCCGCUCGCUCAACAUUAACACUCUGCAUAGCAGCCUUGGUCCUUUCGGCAUCACCGAGGUCUCCGCUGAGAAGAAUGUGCUUCAAGGCCAGCAUGAGAGGGACAAUGUUUGGAGCAAUGAAGGCUUCUAUGUGGUGGUCAUCUUCCUCACAAUCUUCAUCAUCAUUGUCACCUGUUUAAUGGUGCUUUACCGACUCAAGGAGAAGGUUGAAUAUUCAGAGGGGCAGCUGAAGGGGUUGGGUGCGCCAGUGUCUGUGCAUGCCACCCAGCCACCCCUGACCCUCACCAGCAGCAUGGUGCAGGCAAGCCCAACCCCCAAACCAGCCUGCACCACUGCCACCAGCACAACAACCUCCAACAGCAACAACACCACCACCACCCAGAUCAACCACAGCACAACCCACACACACACCACUGCGCCCACCUCUGAGUUUCAGUGCCCGCCGUGCACCCCAUGCCCCCCUGUGGCUGAGUUCAAACCCUGUCUGUCCUCCAGCCCUUCGCCCUUCAAGAUGAAGCCUGCUGCCGGUCUGCAAGAGAGGCGAGGCUCCAACGUUUCCUUGGUGCUGGAUAUGAGUGCGCUCGGCUCUGUGGAGCCUCUGAAUUGUGGGGUGAACACUCCUCGUGAGCGGGUGGCUCAGGAGUACCUGCAGUCGGGCAGUCGAGUCCUCACACGCCAGCAGCUCAGAGACGCAACGGUCAACACGCAGGCCCUGCAUGCUGAGUUCGCUGAAAUUCCAAUGAACUUUGUUGAUCCAAGGGACCUGGACAUCCCCAGUCUUGGGACCAAAAACAGAUACAAGACCAUUUUGCCAAAUCCACACUCCAGAGUCCUCCUGAAAAACAAGAAUAGCUGUGAUCCUCUCAGCAGUUACAUCAAUGCCAAUUACAUACGAGGUUACCUCAGACAUGAGAAGUCAUACAUUGCCACACAAGGUCCUAUGAUCAACACAGUAAAUGACUUCUGGCAGAUGGCCUGGCAGGAGGACUCGCCCGUCAUCGUCAUGAUCACCAAGCUGAAAGAGAAGAACGAGAAAUGUGUUUUGUACUGGCCUGAAAAACGAGGGAUUUAUGGCAAGGUCGAGGUCCUCAUCAACAGUGUCAGGGAAUGUGAGCAUUACACUGUCCGCACGCUCACACUCAAACAAGCUGGCCAAAGUCGUAAAGUCCAGCAUUACUGGUACACAUCAUGGCCGGAUCAUAAAACCCCAGACAGCGCAGGACAUCUGCUGCAGCUCAUGACUGAUGUAGAGGAAAGCAGAGAGGCUUCCGAGUCUCACGGCCCUGUCAUUGUUCACUGCAGUGCUGGAAUUGGUCGCACAGGAUGUUUCAUAGCCACGACUAUCGGCUGUCAUCAGCUGCGUCUGGAAGGAGUGGUGGAUGUUUUACGCAUCGUGUGCCAGCUGAGAGUAGACAGGGGUGGAAUGAUCCAAACUGGAGAACAGUAUGAAUUUGUCCACCACGCCUUGAGUCUCUACGAAGGCCGCCUGUCAGCAGACCCUGGCCAGUGAACACAAACGAAGGCAAGAUGAAGAUGGUACAAGGAUUUUUUUUUAACUUCACGUUUACCAGGAAGAACAAUCUCUCAAGGGUCCAAGAGUUUUUCUUUCUCAUAUCAGGAGACAAUCUAGAAUAUAAGGGAUUGUUUUGAAGCUGUCUUGCACUUACGCGCUCAGAAAGAGAUCUCAGCAGAUGUGAUGUGCUCUUCACUCGUGUGAUUGCUCUGUCCACCUUGAUAUACUGUACAAGUAUACCUGCCCGCUGACCUCCAGGUUUGGAUCCACGUCAUGGCUGAUGGUCCUAGUAUUCAAUUCAAAAUGUGUAUAGUUAUGAUUAACACUUUUCUCAAGACACAUAACUAUGUUAAUGUGCACAAGGUGUUUGAUGACUGUUAGACGCAUCAGCUGGACUUAUGUGUGAAUAUAAGUCUUAUCAAUUCCUAUAAUCAUUUAAAAAAAUAAUAAUAAUAACCACACACACACACACACACACACACACACACACACACACACACACACAAAUAAACACCAACAAACAGAUUACAAAAAGAUUUCAGUAUGAAUGUAAAUGUCAGAUUUGUACUUUUUUUUUGGUCCAAACCAACAAGUCGACAACAAGAUGACAAAAACAUUUAAUAUUUGAUCAUCCGCCAGAAAACUGCUCACUUAUUGUCAUACCCGUUGUAAAAGAGGCGGUUAUACUAUACAAUACAAUUCAAUAAUGCCAGUGGUGCAGUACGCAUAUACAUAAUUGUACUUUAAAUAUCAGAGUUUGAAAUAUAUAUGUAAAAUAUGAUAAUUAUUUUUGUACGAUCUUCCCUGAAUAACUGUUGGUUUAAUAUUUUUAUUUUUAGAGUUCUUUUUUUUUUCUAUUUAAUAAGGAAACAUCCAUACAUUUAUCUAUAUUAAGGACUUGAGGAAGAAAGGAAGUAAAAUGUCCAUGUCAUAAAAAAUAAAAAAAGUCAAAUCUCCCCCUACAACGUGAUGUGUGUGGAAAUGUCGAUGGCUUAUUGAAUCAUUUGGUUCAAAGAGAUGAAAUAUCAUCAAAUCCUUUCUUUGUGAUUUGGUUCAUUUUACAGCCUGGACUCACUUGUCAAUUGAAUCAAUAUUUUAGGAAAGUCCUCCCCUGCCCUGUUAUUUUUUAUUUUAAUUUUUUUUAACCAUGACCAUGGAAUGUAAAGCAUUGCGACAGCUCCACCCUUUGCUCAUUCUAAAUCCAUUUUAUCCAUGCCUUUUAGCUAAAUGCCAACACCCGCUUACGUAAACUUCCUGCACUGAAUCAGGAAGUCGUGUGCUGCUCCACGAAUCCAACACCAUUAUAUUCCUGGGUGUAUUUUUUUUUAACUUCAGAAAAUGUGAACACCCCUUCUACAUGAAUGCUGUCAGACCUUAUAUUGUUUUCUUGACCUGUGAACCUGUGACUAAGAUAUGCAAUACUUGCAAAAGUCUUAGGCACCCUACAUGUUUAAAUACAUUUUGUCUUACAUGUUCAUAUACAAUACAUUUUGUUGUGUUUUUCACUUUUUACUCUGUUGCUUGUCUAUUUUUUUUUUUUUUUAUUAUUAUUUUUUUUUACCUGCAUAAAUACCAUAUUUUACUUAUACCCUGUAAGUGAAAGAAGGCAACAUUUAGUAUUACAGAUCAGGUGAUCUGAUAUGGAAUGUCCCAUAGCUUUCAAUUACAUCUUGAAUUAGUUCCUUUGCCCAGUCCAAAUCUUUCAUCCAAAUGAUACAUUUUAAGCCAUUUCCUUUCUUUACAUUUUGAGUAACUCAUGUUUUAUCCAUGAGUUUGCUUUGAAUUGAUCAGUGAGGUACAGGUAUAUCAUGGAGAAAUUGUAUGAUAGUGCUAUUAGAGUUACGUCAGCAGCAUGUCUCUGAACUACACUAGGACUUCGCUGCUAAAGUGUUCAGUUUUGAGAGGCGGAAAGAUGAUUGUUGUAUAAUGACGAACAUUUCUUACGUUUUUUUGUAUUGUCCAUUUUUUUUUUUUUAAAUUCUGAUUAUUUGUGAUACAGAGGUUUUAAAAA